UUUCCUCCCCGCCGGCCUCUGCCCCCGCCCCCGCCCCGCCCCGCCCGCUUGUCCCCGCCCCUCCGGCGCCUCUGCAGCGCGGAGGGCGCGAGCCCCAUUUCCCGGGGCCUCCCCAGGCGCCUCCAGGCUCCCGCGGACUUCGGGCAAAAUGGGCUGUCCUGGGGGCGCCGCCAUCGAGCCACCCCUCGCUGGCAGCUCCCGACUGCCGACGGAGUCCCACUUCGCUCGCUUGGCCUCGUUAACCCGCAUCCCCACUUCCCCCAGGGGUCCCGGCUCCCCCUGCCUGGGCGGGUACUGAGAGAACUCUCUCUCCCCGCCCUCAACUCCUCUGUGGGCAGAACUAAGCGAGGUCCGUCACAACCCACGUCCUUAAUCCCUGGUUCUGGGGACCAGCCGGUGCCCCGCUUCGGACUGUGAUCUCCGCCCGGACCUUGUUCCACUGGAUCAUUAGCUUCUUCGAGCGCAAGACGAACACGUUUACCUGCCUCCACCUCGUCCCGCACCGAGUCGGUGCCUAGAAACUGUCGACUAACUCAUCACCCAUCCUCCCAUCCGGCUCUUGGGUUCCUGGGGCCGCGCGGCAGUCACAGUCCUCCCUCAGACAGUCCCAGCUCUCUUCUCCCUGCUCCCUGGAGGCUGGGGCGGGGAAGACGGCCGAUUUGCCCAGGCCGCUGGGGUGACUCUCACUCUGCAGGCCAGUGGCCUGGAGCAGUUGCAGCUCGAGACCACUAGGUGUCAGCCUGUCCUCACCGUGGCGCGGGAUCCCCUCCCGCCGGCGAAGGAACCAGGCAAACUGAAGGGCGGCGGAGAGGCGGGGGCGGGGGUAAAGGAGAAAGGAGUAGUGGGGGCGGGGGCGGGGGGGGGCAGGUGGUGGAGGUGCUGCGAGAGGGAGGAAAAGCCAGAAACCCGAGGCGCAAAGCGGUUUGGGUGUUUGUUCUGCCUCCCCUGAUGGCUCCAAGGUUACACAUUAACCCCUCUGGGACUCCUUGGUCAACCAAGGCCCGAUCGGUUUCUAGGUGAGAGCACGGAGUGUUCCGGCUGAGCGGCCUUCCCCUCUGCUCUCCCCUUUGCUCACAGGGCAGCUUUGUCCGACAGCCACAGCGGCCUGAGCCAGACUGAGGGGCCCUCAUGAGGGGCCCUUCCAGCAGUCAUUCCAUGUGGCGCAGGGGGCGUGGUUCUAGAGAGGGCGGGCCCGCGCACGCGCUGUGUCUGAGAUUGGGGGUUCCGGAAAUGUGACUCUGAGAAAUGAGAUGGAGAAGUACGAGCGGAUCCGAGUGGUGGGCAGAGGUGCCUUCGGGAUUGUUCAUCUGUGCCUUCGCAAGGCUGACCAGAAGCUGGUGAUCAUCAAGCAGAUCCCAGUGGAGCAGAUGACCAAGGAAGAGAGGCAGGCAGCCCAGAAUGAGUGCCAGGUCCUCAAGCUGCUCAACCACCCCAAUGUCAUUGAGUACUACGAGAACUUCCUGGAGGACAAGGCUCUCAUGAUCGCCAUGGAAUAUGCACCAGGUGGCACCCUGGCUGAGUUCAUCCAGAAGCGCUGUAAUUCCCUGCUGGAGGAGGAGACCAUCCUGCACUUCUUUGUGCAGAUCCUGCUGGCGCUGCAUCAUGUGCACACCCACCUCAUCCUGCACCGGGACCUCAAGACCCAAAACAUCCUUCUAGACAAACACCGCAUGGUCGUCAAGAUUGGUGACUUCGGCAUCUCCAAGAUCCUUAGCAGCAAGAGCAAGGCCUACACGGUGGUGGGUACUCCAUGCUACAUUUCCCCUGAACUGUGUGAGGGCAAGCCCUACAACCAGAAGAGUGACAUCUGGGCCCUGGGCUGUGUCCUAUAUGAGCUGGCCAGCCUCAAGAGGGCCUUUGAGGCUGCGAACCUGCCGGCGCUGGUGCUGAAGAUCAUGAGCGGCACCUUUGCGCCCAUCUCUGACCGGUACAGCCCUGAGCUGCGCCAGCUGGUUCUGAGUCUGCUCAGCCUGGAGCCUGCACAGCGGCCCCCGCUCAGCCACAUCAUGGCGCAGCCCCUCUGCAUCCGGGCGCUCCUCAACCUCCACACCGACCUGGGCAGCGUCCGCAUGCGGAGGGCAGAGAAGCCCCUGGCCACCGGGCCACCCAUGGCCCCCGGCAGCACAGGGGGCAGGACCACCAGUGGCCGUUGCAGAGGUGUCCCCCGGGGACCUGCCCGGCCGGCCAUUCCGCCGCCGCUGUCAUCGGUGUACGCGUGGGGUGGCGGGCUCAGUGUGCCGCUGCGGCUGCCAAUGCUCAACACAGAGGUGGUCCAGGUGGCAGCGGGGCGCACGCAGAAGGCUGGCGUCACGCGCUCCGGGCGCCUUAUACUUUGGGAGGCCCCGCCCCUAGGCGCUGGAGGGGGCGCCCUCCUCCCUGGGGCGGUGGAGCAGCAGCAGCCCCAGUUCGUCUCCCGUUUCCUGGAGGGCCAGUCGGGUGUGACUAUCAAGCACGUGGCCUGUGGGGACCUCUUCACGGCCUGCCUGACUGACCGAGGCAUCAUCAUGACCUUUGGCAGUGGCAGCAAUGGGUGCCUAGGCCAUGGCAGCCUCAAUGAUAUCAGCCAGCCCACCAUUGUGGAGGCCCUGCUGGGCUAUGAGAUGGUGCAGGUGGCCUGUGGGGCGUCUCAUGUGCUGGCCUUGUCCACUGAGCGAGAACUAUUUGCCUGGGGCCGCGGAGAUGGUGGCCGGCUGGGACUGGGCACCAGGGAGUCCCACAGCUGCCCCCAGCAGGUACCCAUGCCCCCAGGACAGGAAGCCCAGCGGGUUGUAUGUGGCAUUGACUCCUCCAUGAUCCUCACUGUGCCCGGCCAAGCCCUGGCGUGUGGGAGCAACAGGUUCAACAAGCUGGGCCUGGACCAUCUCUCCCUAGGGGAGGAGCCUGCCCCACACCAGCAGGUGGAGGAGGCCCUGAGCUUCACACCACUAGGUUCUGCACCCCUGGACCGGGAGCCCCUGCUGAGCGUGGACCUGGGCACUGCUCAUUCAGCUGCUGUAACUGAAAGUGAAGUGUACUCUUGGGGCAAAGGGGCCCGAGGUCGACUGGGAAGGAGGGAUGAGGAUGCUGGACUCCCUAGGCCAGUGCAGCUGGAUGAGACACACCCCUACACAGUGACUUCUGUGUCCUGUUGCCAUGGAAACACUCUCCUGGCUAUCCGCCCAGUCACAGAUGAGCCAGUCCCCCCUUGAGGCACCUGGAUACACCUCUGGACGACCCUGAUACUGCUUCUCCUGUAAAUGUUCUUGAAAAGUGCAGGUGCCUCAGGCAUGACCAGCCCCCUGGCUUGUAUCAUCAAUGGGGUAUAAGAACCAGUAAAGCCCCUGCUCUGCCUUUGGCCCUGGAUAUGUAAAACUCAACCCACCCUAUUCCCCCAACAUCCCUCUUUCCCCUCCCCACCUUCUUAUCUUUAGUCAACGUCCCCAGGGUUCAGCCUGGCUAGAGUUGGAGGCCAGAUGUAACUUUUGGAAGCAGGGAGGUCUCCAGAGCCUCUGCAGAAAAAGGCUGGAGGUAGCUUUGGCUCCACCUAGACGCUGCCCCUUCCCCCAGCCCAGUUAGAAAAUAAGUCGCUGGUGUCUACUGGGAGAGCAGCUCAGUGCUUUGGAGUAAGGCAAGCUGGGGCCUGCCUGUUCUGGCCAUUCCAGAGGCCUAGCCCCUGCAUUGCCUGGGGCAGGGAGGUCCCGGGACUGCUACCACCCGCCCCCACGCUUAUAUCCUGAGGCAGGGGUUUACACAAUCUCUGAGUGCCUCCCUUCCCCUGGGGGAGUGCAUGGGCUGCGGUAUACAGCAGAGGACAUCCCUGCUGAAGGUUGCCCCUCACCCCAUGCCAUUCCCCCAAAGCACGUUGGGAGAAAGGGUAGCUGGCUGGACCAGACUAGUUUCCCAGAUGACUGGGAAGUAGCGCCAAUAAAAAAUCAGCUGCCUGCCUAGAGUGUGGUCUCUUGAGGGCUGGGGGUGGCGGCCACCCCAGGGCUGGGCUGGGCUCCAUCUGGGCUGCAGGGCCGCGGUGGAGAGAGGAAUGUGGGCGCAGCCUGAGGCCCGGGACGAGGUUCCUCUGGCCCAGUUCCCAGCCCGGCCUCCCCACCCAGCUGGGCUCCCCGGAUCUGGUUGCCAGGCUUCAGCUGCCUAGCACCUGGAAGCUGGAGCCCCGGGCCCCUGGGCGACACGUGGCCCCCGAGGCCGAGCUGUUGACUCCGGAGAG